AUGACCGAAGGUUUGACCUCCAACGGACCUUAUACGGCUUCAGAGAGACGGUCAUAUCUCCAAGAGCACGCAGCAGUCGUGCCUAGCUCCGCCCACUUUGCUUAGGCGUGGUAGAGGAGUUGCGGCUAGGCAGUUGCAUAUUUGGCUGGUGCUCGUCGGCUGGCAGCCCCGUCCUGGAAUUGUUCCUCCCUAUCUUCUCUUCGUCUUCACUGUCGUCUUUUUCUUUGGUGAGGUUAUCGUUAUCAGUUGUUCGUCAGCUGUGUUACAACAACUCCUUCUGUGGUCGCUUUUUGAUACUUGAGGCCUUCCGAUUUCUUCCUUGUGUGGUUUCUGAUUGAUUAGGGUUUUUUUUUAAAUGUUUAGUAGUUUUAGUUCAAAAAUCAUGUUUGAAAGCACAAGAUCAAGCUGAAGCUUUCAAUUUCCAUUUUUUCAAGGUGCAAAAAGCAAAAGCGGUUGGGCCAAAAAUGUUUUUAACCCCCUGAUCAGUCAUACUGAAAAAAAAGCUCAGAAGAUCAAAUCUCUGAUGACUGGAUAAGCAGAAACUGAGUUCAAAAACUUCAUUUGAUCUUGUUGAUCAAGGAUAUUUCUCCAGCACAUAGAAAUGAGAAGGAAAUAACCCAAUAUUGAGCUUGAAGUCCAAGUCUUGAAUAGCUUCCAAAAUCUGAACUUUCGAAAAUACCUUCUCAAGCUCCAUGUAGGAAAAUCUCAAUUUCUACUUUUUAGAUCUAUAGGCUAGCUUUAUCCAAUCACAACGCGAAAGGCGCAAAGCCAACACCAUUUUUCGAGCUUUUUUUCCGAGCAGCUUCUUUUAAGAUCAAAAAGUCCAAGAGCAACGUGUGGCGCACACGCACUUAAGCUACCGUAUCCGUUCUCCUCCGCUGCUCACUCAAGCUUAUUGACAGUAGUAUUUUAUUUGGCUAGCGGAGGGUCGCUAGUGAGUGAGACGCACACUUUUCGCGCCCUCAUUGGCUAUUAUGCGGCUGCGGGCUCGACGGCUGUUUUACAUUAUUGUUAUAUAUCGAAUCGACACACGUUUGCAAGCAAAUAGACUGUGUCCAAAGAGGGCGAGACAGUGUCAAAACGCACACUUCGGCCCGGGGGGGACCUAGGUAGCUCGGCUCUUGAAUGCGUACUUCUGCGCCGCCGCCGCCGCCGCACCUUCUUCUUCUUCUAACUCAUAACAACCGACAAACGCUCACUCACUCAUUUUUCAAUUGCUUCCUUGUUCGUCCCGCCUCUCAGCACCGUUCUUAUCCGUUCAAAAAUCUGCUCUUUUCAUUUUUGAAAGCCUUUUUUUUCAAUCAUUUUUAUGCUCUUUAAAAAAAAGCAUGAAACUUUCUAUGAAAACCUUCAUCAAAAAAAAUCAGUAAAGUUCUUUUAAAAAUCAGCUGUUUUUCCUUUUCAAAGUUGCGAUCUUGUUCUAACUGCUUCUUUCACUAUUGUAAGUCAUGCCAAGAACUCUCAUCUCUACUGUUCGUUCUAUUCGUCAAACUCGCCAUUUUCCCAUUUUCAAAGAAAUUUACGAUCUAGCUGUUUUUCUUGAUAUUUUUUUUCUCUUUUUAAAACGUUUAUUUAAGCUUUGAACUUUUUCUAUCACAAAUGAAGCAAUUCAAAGAAUCCAUUAAAUUUUUUUCGUCUUUUUGAAGGAAGCAGAAGACGAUAAUCUUCUAGAAUAACUUCAAAAACGAUAUCUCAAAAAAAUGUCUUUUUUUGCAAUUCAAAAACUUCAUUAAGUUGCUUUUUAUUCAAAUCAAUCCUGACCGUUUUUGAUUAACAGUCCUCCUCAUCAUUUUAAAAAAAAUCGAAUUCUCAACUUCUCACUUCCCUUUUUUCUGAAUAUUUUUUUUCAUUUUUCGCGAUUUUUUCAAUUUUUUUCCCGCUUCUUGCUUGAAUGAGCUCAAAAGGAUACUCAAUGGAAAAUUUUACAGAUGCCCUACCGCGCAGAGCUCAAAAGGCCUGAUCUCAAAGGUUAGUUAGAUCUCCGGAACUUUUUUCUCGCUUGAUUGAAUUAAAACUGAUCCGGCUAAAAAAAUUAUUUUCUCAAGUUCGAUUAUGAGGAAACUACAAAAAAUGAAAAAAAUUCGGAAAAACUUCCUACGAGCCAUUUUCUAAUUUAAAUGUCGGCAAAAGUCGGUGAAUCGAACUACUAGCUAAGCCAAAAAAGUUUUGCUUUCAACCGAAAAUUUCGAGAGCGAGGCCACAGCUUUGCUUUGUAUGGCGUUUCAAGGGCCUUCUUCUUUGAUGAGGGUCCGCCGAAAGCGGCUGACCCCAAUCCUCGUCGCAAUAACACUUGCGCAAUUCCUUCUUCAACAGUUUCCAACUCGCCAAAAAUUUCUUUGAUUAAAGCCUUGACUGCGGCGCACGUGUUGAUUGCGCAAGCCGGUGUCGUUAGUCGAAAAGUCAGCCGCUUUGGAUUUCCGCUGCUUUUCUUGGGAAGAAAGGCACAGCUGGGAAGCCGGCGCACGUGCAUGAAAACUGUGGAUUUUCAGCUAACAAGGAAAAAAUCAAAAAGGGGAAUUGGAUGGGCUUGAAGGUUGAAGAUUGAUUUUUGAAAUCACAGAUAGGAUUCGAUUUUUCAAGAUUUUUAUUCAUAAGUAGAAAUCAUUGAUCUAAAUGUUUGAUGAUAGAUUAUCGUGUUUUUUUAAUUUCUGUGGGAGAAAAAGCCUUCCAGCACAAACUCAUUUACGUUUUCCCAUUGAUCUAAGAACCGAAUUUUGGAUUUCUGAGGUUCUGAAAUCAUUUUUGAGAAGACUUUAACCAGCUAAUCACAUUCUCAGAAAGAAUGAUAAAAGAUUCCGAAAAGGCUCAGAUAGGAGUUUAUUAGCUUUCCGGCCACUUAAGAAUAUAUCAAAAAAACUGCUUUUCAAUUAUAAGAAGACAAUCAGUUUCUCAAGCUUAUAGAUUUUCCAGGUACAUUGCUAGCCUCAACCUACUGUUUUCCAGGAUCUUUCCCCUGCUCGGUAUGCGGUAAAAUCUUCUGCCACUCGUCUUCUCUCAGCCGCCACCGUAUGCAGGCCCACUUCAAAAGCUACACCUGUACGCAGUGCAGCCAGGAGAUUUCCAGUCAGUUUCUCCUCGCAUUCUUCUUCCCUUUGUGCCUUGUCAGGACUGUACCUGACGGUUGCCCGGAAAAAUCCUUUGUCACAACGAGAAAAACCCUCCGUUCGCAUAUUGAAGGCAACAGUGUCGAGCAUUCCCUUUUUUGUUAUGCUGGAAACGAACAAAUGCGCGCCUGACUUUUUACGAAGUUUUUUCUUUCUCUUUUGUGUUCUGCUAAAUAUUAAGGGUUACGGUGGAAUGAGGGAGCUCUAGAGUUUGAAAAAAAUUCGUCCUUCCGACUUCUGAGAAGACUAAGAGGGAAAAAAAGCUUCUGAAUUUGAAAAUCGUCUUUUUUGGAUUUUGUUUUUGAUUAACUUCGGAAUUGAUUUAAAAUAUUUGAAAAAAAAAUGUGCAGAACUUUUUCCAAAAAAAAGCAGACAAAAGUUGGAUCCUGAUCGAGUUCAAGGUUUACAUGUUAAUCAAUAAGUGAAAUUUACGAGCUGAAGCUUGAAAACCUUAUUUUAGGAUUUUCAUUGAGCUGAUUUUUAGAGUUCGAAGACAGUUCCUUUAAAGAUAGUGUUCCAAAAAGGUCGCAAAUUCAGGGUUUCUAGCGACUUCCCAGCUAUUUUCAUGAAUUAUCGGCGCCAACCGCCUACGAUCCGAACCAAAAUACACUUCCGGAAGGCAAAAAACUGCACUCCCCCAACCUCGCUUAUGACCUCUCUGUAUAGACCUCGCUAUUUCGUUUCCUUUUUUUUGAAGCGAGAGUUUUAUUUGGGCACCAACUCUCGAGGCUUACCGCAGUGCCGUGGAAACCAGUUGGCCGCCCCGGUGAUUAUAGUCGACAUUGUUGAUACUUUUUGCCAAACGACCGUGUGAGUAACCUUGCGAAUAUCCACCGAUAGUGCUUCGGGGCUUAGUUUAGAAAAAAGCUUCUGAAAAAAAUCUGUAGAUUCCGGAAAUUUUCUCACUUUGCAGUUUCAAGUUGGAAUCGCUCAAAAUCAUCAAAACUCACUAUGAGAAAAUUUAGGAAACCAGACCAUUAUAGAGUAAGAAAAGCUCAAGUUCAGCUUUUAUAGAGUAAAUUAACUAAGCUUGAACUGUAAUUUGAAACAGAGGUUUCGAGAUUUUUUCCCAAUACUUCUAAGCUCCCAGUUCAACCUUUAUUCUUUUCUAGAAGUUUGAAGCUAAAUUUUUUAAGCGUUUUUAAAGAAAUUUCAAACUCUGAAGGCGGCAGUUUUUUUUUCGAAUUGGCAAUUCGUGGCUUCCCAGUGACUACACCAUCUCUGAACUUUAGAAAGUUCAUCCAAAAACGAAAGUGUUAGGAGAGAUUUACGAGAACCAGCAAGUCGUUCAUCCAAUUUUUGGCUGUGAAUGGCCUUGGCCGCAGAUAUCUGAUGAGCUCCGUCGGCGCAACAUGUCGUUGCAGCCGUUCGCCUCCGUAUCGUAGCCACUUAUCUGUUUCGGCGUUACUGUUCGGCAUGGCUAGGGAAAUGCAAAAGAAAUCCCAGAGAAAGUGUUGCUAAGAUAGAUAAUGAUUUUCGAUCCGGGGAAGGUGACAAUUUUCUUGAAAAUUCAAAACUUAGAGGCCUCUCGAUCAUUAGAAAGCUUUAUGAAUCAUAAAAAAUAUUUUCACUAGGGAACGUUUUUCAUCCCCCGGUUCAACUUUUGCUGAAACUUUGCUGGAGUGUGUUUUAGGGCCCUCUGAUUUCAGAACAGAAAGAAAUUUUUUUGCAACAGAUCUCGUUUUCGAGUUAGGACACUUCAAAAGCUUCAAAUAGCACUUUUUUGGACUAAUUUGCGUAUUUUGCCCACUUUGAAUCUCCAUAACUCGGAAACAAGAUCUAUUGCGAGAAAUUUUUUUUGAGCUGCAAUCAGGGGGUCCUGAAGUACACUUCAGCUAAGUUUCAGCAAAAGUUCAACCGGGAGGUUAAAACGUUCCAUGGUCAGCGAAACUUUCUCAUACACUCUCAAUAGCUAUAAAAACCUUGAAAUUUAGUUCCUUUUUCGAAAAAAAAGCUUAAUAUUUUUUCCAGCAAUGAGUGAUCAAAACUGAUCAGGCGAAAAUUACCCCAAACUUUCAGAAAUCUCCCCGAAGACUUGUUAACCAAAAUGCCUUUUCCAGCCAUUUUUCGGCUUCCCAUCAUCAAGUCACUUUACCAACAAGCUGUCGCGAGCUACAGUAAUCAAAUCGAGCAAAUAUUUGAAAGAAAGCUGUCGCACACGGUAGUGCUAAUCGGCUUCGCAACACGUGCUUGCCCUCACCUUUUAGCACAAAUUUACCACACGACACCUUUGACGGCUCAGCUCUUGAGCAUAUAUUUGCUCGAAAUAUUUCGGUUUGGUUAAUUAACGGUGUUCCUUCACCUUGUUUCCGGCACCUUGUUGACUAAUGAUACUCUCAAGGUGACUGACCCCGGCGCUUUUCAACGCGUUGCGCCACUUGUCCGCCCCGUGUUUGUACGAUCUAAUUGGGGCGGCUUCCUGUGUUGUUUUUCUUCGAGACUCCGAGACCUUUUAUGGCAUCAAUGGGUAUCCGACCGAAUCUACGAGAUAAUGGGUCACAAUGGUUUUUUUUGGGGCUGACGAAAAUCAGAUUCGAAGAAAAGCACUGUCUAAAUCGACAGUUUAUUCGUUGCACGCUUGAAAUAUUAUUUUCUGAUUUUUCUAGAAAUUACCACCAAAGUCUUGAGCUUUCAGAAGAACAAAGACGUCUACACGUGCUCAAAAGAGCUCAGUCGUUUUUUCUCCAACUUUUACAACUAGAAACUUCUAUUUUGGAGCUUUUUGUUAGUUAAAGUUACUCAAGAGUUUCUGGCCUAAUCGAAAAAACCAAAAAUUUUCCGUUGAUAAACAAAAAUGAGACUUUCAUGCCAUUUUUCCCGAGUUCCUCAAGAUUCGCCAAUUAGCCUCCAUUUUCUCUUCCCUAAUCCCAAGGACGUUUUAUGAUACCUCAUUACUAAGCACCUUGGCUCAAAGAUUUUCCAUGAAUACUCUCAAGUCUCCGAGACGUACUGUAUUGUUAGGCAGUUAGACACGCUUCAACGAAUCCUAGGUCAUUGGCGAAAGUUUAAGGAGAGUGGGCGCGGGCCACAAAUUACGGCUAAGAGCAUUUGUUGUUGGUUACAUGAAAGAACCUAAUUAGUGGAGAAUCAAGAUUGCCUUUUAUUUCUUUGUGAAAAACUAUAGAUAAUGAGAUAAGAAUAGAAGGAAUUGUUCACCUCAGAAGUUUUCGAUAAAAAAUUGGAAAUUUUAAGCUUCUGAAAAAGGGGGCUUUCUAAAGGGGUUCUAAUCACUUCAUUCUGAUUUUUUAUCUGAUACGCAGGUCAAGGCCCUCUUACCUGGUAAAUCAGAAAGUUUUUCUGAAAAUCUAAGGUGCCAAAUGAAAUGAAAUUCCUCCAAAGAAAAUUAUCGAAAGAAGGACUUUAUAUUCCUUUUUUAUUGUAUUUCUUCUCAUUUCGUACUCUCGACCGCCACAAAAUCACAACCAAACAAAGCCGGUCGUCGUCGGGCAGUGACGAGAUUUAGUUGGAGAUUUAGCGCGCUUGCGCAACGUAUCUCGCAACAAAACAGCCGUAUAAGCGGAUACCUUUUCCAAAACAGAAAGUACCUAUUAGCGGCUGUUUUGGUGGAAGAGAAAGGGAUAUUUGGAACAAUGCGCAGAGGUUGCAUGAGUCAGAGGGGAGCAGUCAUACUGGAACCGGUGUGAGAAGGAAAAAAGUUGACUUAUGCAUAUACUCAUGGGAGAGGGUUUGAAAGUUUUUGUUCGCAAGGGAGUUUCUUGGAUUUUUGCGUAAUUGAUCCAGCAACUCUGUUUUUCAACUUCAAUUUUUAAAGAAAAGAAGUGAAAUUUGUAUACAGAGCGGUCAAGAAUGUAUUGUGUGGCAAAAAUUAGCGGCUGAAACUUUUUUAAGUUUUUUUACAGAAAAAGUUAUAAAUUUUUGCCAUUUAAAAAUUUCAGAAUUAUCUUUGAAUCAUUUUGUUCAAAAAAAAAUUAUUUGUGGAAUCACUUGAGAAAGAAAUUUAUUGAUCAUAAUCGAAACUUCAUUGAAUUUAUUCAAACACAUUCUUUCAAAAAUUCAGAAAAAAAUGACAAAAAUACUAAUAACAUGUCAAAACUAUUUCGAGCCUCUAAUAAAUAUCAAAAUAAUCAUGUAUUUUUUUCCGACAAUUUCCUUCAUGUUUUUUUUUCAAAACAACACUUCUGCGCUCCAACGAAAUCCAUUGGAAAUUUCGCCAGCACUGUUGCUUGUCGGUAUUUGUUGUGCGACGCCAUCGCGAACGUGCUAAUUGCCAUGCGAAUCGAGCAGCCCGCCAACACAAAAGAAAGGGGAAGACAGCUCUAUCGGCGUCUGCAUAUCAAAUUUCCCAAUUGCAUGUACGGUAGAGCCAAUUGGCUGCUCUCCCAAUUAUUUAUGCGCAAAACCGGCGUGUUUCCACUGCCGAAGCUGUCUUUGUUUCAAAAAUGGAUAAAGGGGGAACCAUUUCCUUGGAGAGAACAUUUUCAACCAUUUCGGUUCAUCCGUAACAGGCUGACCGUUAUAAAACCACAAACGGCGUAAAAAAGAAAUAAAUACAAUAUAUUCUAGAAAAACCGUUUUAAACAAGAUUUUAUCUGAUUUUUUUGGUUUCAAGCAUGAAAAAUUUAAUUCACUGGAUCUCAUUUUUCCAAGUUUUGAAUUUUAUAACUUCACCAUUUUGGCCUCAAAUUUUCAUUUUUUUUUUCCUUUCAAACAAGGUUUUUCUUUAUUAUGAGUCUCAUAUUUGUUUUUUAGAACGCUCUCUUGGAGUUCAAAUCAAAUCUUUAUUUCUUUUGGUUCACUUUUAGAUGGAGUUUUCAAGAAUUUUAGGUCUUUACUCAAAUUGCAGACCUUUAUUUGUUUGCUAAAACUGUCUAGUAGCGAAAAAAAUCCUUGAAAAAAAGUUAAAGUUAAAUUUUUUCAGGCAAUGAAACGCUCCGAUCCCACAUGUUCCGGAUGCACAGCAUUUCGAGAAUGUUCAUGUGCCGAUGCUGCAAUUGGGCCUUCCCCGACAAGACCAGCCUUCAUAUUCAUAUGCAGAGCAUGCUCAGGACUGGAACUCCUGGCGACGUCGCAGUUCUUGCCAGAAGCUCGACUGAAGGUAUCGUAGAUAAAAAUUAAGAUUUAAACUUUUCACAAAAACUUAAGAAAAUAAUAUUUAAAGUUGGUAUGAACCUUAUUCCUUAAGACUCAAUUUUUUCAGACGGUCCGUGCGAGGACCAUUCUCCACGCGGCUCACCAUCCUUCUCAGCUGAAUCUCUCCUGAAGCAGCAGAUCAUGAACGCCGCCAACAACAACACGGCCCUUUCCAAUAACAAUUCGAUGAGCUCCAUCUUCCCGAACCUUCUGAAGGCGGCUGAAUCCGUCCCCAAGCCUGUCUUGCCCAUGGAUCUGUCGUCUUUGGCUCCGAAUCAGUGGCUGAGCGCCUGGCUUGCAAAUAACCCUCUGAACGGCAAUCUCGGUCUCAAUAAUCCUGCCAGAUCGAAUGAUGAACCGUUGAACCUCAGUAAUGUGAGUCUACACUUUCAAACAGGGACUUUUUUUGAUUUUUACUUCAUAAAACGUCAUAGAAAAAGCAUGAGCUGCUUGGAUUUUAUAUGAAUUUUUUUUUAAUUUUUCAAUUUACUAAACUCAGAACCAAGACGCCUUAAACUCCUUGCUCAGGGAAGCUUUGGCUUCUGUUGUUAGCUUGAUGUCGCAAAUCUUUUUUUUUUUGGUAGUUUUAGAGCCUUGAACUGAACUAUUACGAACCAAAAAAUCAACACGAUCUCCGAAUCUGAUCUACUUGGUCUCCUGAUACGACCAACAUCAAUUUAUCGUUUUCUUCUUUAGGAUGACGUCAAAAUCGAAAGCGAGGACGACUACGAUGAGCUGGAAGUUCAUACAACCGAAGAAGACAUCAAGGACGAGGUGGGCUAUAAAUUAUAUCAAGCAUCUUUGAACUUCAGUAAAAGUAAACCAAUGUAGCCUUGACUAUUGAUUUUGCAGGACGGCGGCACGAGUGAAGUCAGUCCGACAUCAGUGAUCGUCAAGUUGGAAUCGAAGAAACCGGUGCAGAAGAGAAAAAUGACCGCCGAUGACUUGGACGACAUCGACGUCGAGGGCGAUGACGUAAGCAACUUUUACCACUUCAGAUGUUUGGCGGGGGUCAAUGGGGAGUUGAAGGAAAAUAUUUGCUUCAGAGAAAAAAUAUUCUGAGUAAAUUCAUUUUUCUUGGUGGAUAUGUGCUUAAAAGAUUCUAAAAUACCUUUUUUCUCAAAGUUAAUUUUCAAGUCGAAUCUGAGAACCCUUUCAAAAACUAGAGAACUAAUAAACAGGAAAAGUGCGUUUGAAUUUCAACCCCCAUUUUUCGUGGAAAAAAUCCCAUCAAAUCGUAAUCCGUUAAUUUUACCCAUAUUCGGUAGUAUUGAGGCUCAAGUUCUCAGAAGAAAAAUCGAUUUUUUUUUUCAACCACACAUCAUUUUCAGGCUCAACCGCCGCUGAAGAUGAUGAUCGAAGAAAAAGAAGUUCAGCUUUUGCUGGAACAGCCAUCGCCGACAGUUUCCGACACCCACACUAGCGGAUCUUCUAGCCAUCAAGGCGAUGUCUCUCCGAAAUGCUUCGAUUGCCAGGUUCCCUAAAUAAUUGAUGUUUUAUUUUUCAAAAUAUAUUUCCAGGUGGCAAAAGGCAAGCUGUCGGCAUCGGAGAUGAAGCUUCGAGAAUAUGAGAAGAAGAUCCGAGUGCUCGAGGGCAAAAUCGAAGACUUCAAGAAACUGAACCCUGAACCUCUUCCGACGCCGUCUCUUCCGGCUUUCGGACCAGCUUUGAUGCAGAAUCCGGCCGUUUCCCUGUCAUUGCUCCAGAACCCGGCGAUGAAGAUGAUCUUGCAGAAUUUCAUGCAGGCUCAAAUGAAUCGGUGCUGA